CGGCUUGCGUGUCUUGACGUGUUAUGUAAUCCACCGUACAGUAGCAGGACCCUCCUGUAACAUGUGCGUACUACAAAGUUACGCCACUUAGCCGGAGGCAGCUUUUAAAGGAGGAGAAAGUUAAGGGAGGUGGAGUACUGUGGGGAAGCCGGCCGGCAACCAUGGAGAAAGUCAGCAGAGAUGCGAAGACCAACCCGGCAGCGACGGCGAACCUCCUGUCGAAGGUGUUUUUCUGGUGGCUGAAUCCUCUCUUUAGAACGGGCUACAAACGCAGGCUGGAGGAGGAUGACAUGUUCGAGGUGCUCUCGGAGGACAAGUCGGAGUACGUGGGACAGGAGUUACAGAGAUACUGGGAUCAUGAGGUCCAGAAUGCUGCCAAAGAGAUGCGAGCACCGGCGCUGGGGAAAGUCAUUAUCCGCUGUUACUGGAAGUCCUACGGUGUGCUGGGAAUCUUUACUCUGAUAGAGGAGACCAUUAAAGUGGUCCAGCCAGUCUUCCUGGGUCAGAUGAUUCAGUACUUUGAGAGUUAUGACCCAGAUGAUCAAACGGCUCUGCAUGAGACGCUAGGCUACGCCGCUGGGAUGGCCCUCUGCACCAUGGGCCUGGCGGUGCUCCAUCAUCUCUACUUCUACAAUGUUCAGAGGGCGGGCAUGAAGAUCAGAGUGGCCAUGUGUCACAUGAUCUACAAGAAGGCUCUGAGCCUGAGCAGCUCAGCCAUGGGAAAGACCACCACAGGCCAGAUCGUCAACCUGCUCUCUAACGACGUCAACAGGUUUGAUGAGGUGACUAUUUUCCUGCACUUCCUGUGGGUGGGGCCGCUUCAGGCAGCUGCUGUUGUGGGGCUGCUGUGGGUGGAGAUCGGUCCCUCCUGCCUGGGGGGAAUGGUGGUCCUGAUGUUCCUGAUGCCCACCCAGACUCUCUUUGGGAGGCUUUUCUCUACGUUUAGGAGCAAGACGGCAGUCCUGACCGACAGCCGAAUCCGCACCAUGAACGAGGUUGUGUCUGGAAUCCGGAUCAUCAAGAUGUACGCGUGGGAGAAGCCCUUUGCUGCUCUGGUGUCAGAGGUCAGAAGGAAGGAGAUCUCGAAGAUCAUGAAGAGCUCCUACCUACGAGGCAUCAACAUGGCCUCCUUCUUCUGUGCCAGCAAGAUCAUCGUGUUCGUCACCUUCUUGAUCUAUGUGCUGCUGGGGAACACCAUCUCAGCCAGCCGCGUCUUCGUCACCGUGUCGCUGUACACGGCUGUGCGCCUCACUGUCACGCUCUUCUUCCCCUCGGCCAUCGAGAAGGUGUUCGAGAGCCGCGUCAGCAUCAGACGCAUUCAGGAGUUCCUGCUGCUGGAUGAGAUCACCAAACAUGGGGCCGCUCUGCCUCAGCAGGAGAAGGAGGAUCCUGGAGUGGAGAUCCAUGAUCUCACCUGCUACUGGGACAAGAGUUUGGAUGCCCCGUCCCUACAGAGCCUCUCCUUCACUCUGAAAUCCGGUCAGCUGUUGGCCGUGAUCGGACCAGUGGGAGCUGGAAAGUCCUCCCUACUGAGCUCCAUCCUUGGAGAGCUUCCCUCUGAGAAAGGAAAAGUGGAAGUCCGAGGUCAGCUGACCUACGCGGCCCAGCAGCCCUGGGUGUUCCCCGGAACCAUCCGGAGCAACAUCUUGUUCGGGAAAGAGCUGGAGCCCCAGAAGUACGAGAGGGUCAUCAAAGCGUGUGCUCUGAAGAGGGACCUGGAGCUGCUCCCGGACGGAGACCAGACUCUGAUCGGGGACCGAGGAGCUACGCUCAGCGGGGGGCAGAAAGCUCGAGUCAACCUGGCCAGAGCGGUGUACCAGGACGCAGACGUCUACCUCCUGGACGAUCCUCUAAGUGCCGUGGACGCCGAGGUGGGGAGACACCUCUUUGAACAGUGCAUCUGUGGGCUGCUGAAGAAGAAGCCUCGUAUCCUGGUGACUCACCAGCUGCAGUACCUGAAGGCAGCUGAUCAGAUUCUGGUGCUGAAGGAGGGUCACAUGGUGGCAAAGGGAACAUACACGGAGCUGCAGAGGUCUGGGGUGGACUUCACCUCCUUACUGAAGAAAGAUGAGGAGGAGGAACAGCAGCCCCCCCACGACGUUCCUGUCAGGAGCAGAACUUUGUCCCAGAAUUCCACGCUCUCCCAGACCUCCUCCGCCCACUCGGUCAAAGAUGGAGACAACCUCCCGGCGGAGGCGGUCCAGACGAUGUCGGAAGAGAGUCGGGCUCAGGGGAACAUCGGACUGGGUCUGUACGUGAAGUACCUGCGGGCUGGAGCCAACAUCCUGCUUCUGCUGUUGACGGUGCUGGUCAACCUGCUGGCUCAGGUGUCGUACAUCGUGCAUGACUGGUGGCUGGCCUACUGGGCUGAGAAGCAGGACAAGCUCUCACAACAAAACACCACCAUAAGUGGACAGAACUCCACUGAGCUGGACAUAAGCUUCUACCUGGGCGUUUAUGGAGGCCUGACGGCUGCCACCAUCCUGUUUGGCUUCAUGAGGAACCUUCUGCUGUUCGGCGUGUUGGUGAGAGGAGCUCAGACGCUCCACGACCGGAUGUUCAGCUGCAUCCUCAGAACUCCCGUCCGCUUCUUCGACAUCAAUCCCAUCGGAAGAGUCCUCAACAGGUUCUCCAAGGACAUCGGACAGCUGGACUCUAUGAUGCCGUGGACGUUUACGGACUUUGUCCAGGUCUUCCUCCAGAUUCUCGGCGUGAUCGCCGUGGCGUCCUCUGUGAUCCCGUGGAUUCUGAUCCCUGUUGUCCCGCUCCUCGGCGUGUUCCUGUUCCUGCGACGUUACUACCUGAGAACCUCCAGAGAUGUCAAACGUCUGGAGUCCACCACUCGGAGUCCCGUCUUCUCCCACCUGUCCUCGUCUCUUCAGGGCCUGUGGACGAUACGAGCGUUCUGCGCUGAGAAGAGGUUCCAGAAAGCCUUUGACGCCCACCAGGACCUUCACUCAGAGGCCUGGUUCCUGUUCCUGACCACCUCCCGCUGGUUCGCCUUUCGCCUCGACAUCAUGUGCUCCAUCUUCGUCACCAUCACCGUGUUUGGCUGCCUGCUGCUGCGAGACCAGUUGGACGCCGGUUCUGUCGGGCUGGCGCUGAGCUACGCCGUCACGCUGAUGGGGAUGUUCCAGUGGGGCGUCAGGCAGAGUGCAGAGGUGGAGAACAUGAUGACCUCGGUGGAGCGGGUGGUGGAGUACACGCAGCUGGAGAGUGAAGCUCCCUGGGAAACGCACAAGCGCCCUCCUCCAGGCUGGCCCACCAAAGGCCUGGUGACCUUUGACCGGGUCAGCUUCUCCUACAGCCCAGACGGGCCGCCGGUGCUGCAGAACCUGCAGGCCACAUUCAAACCCAAAGAGAAGGUGGGCAUCGUUGGGAGAACCGGAGCCGGGAAAAGCUCCCUGAUCUCGGCUCUGUUCCGCCUGGCAGAACCUCAGGGGAAGAUCUACAUCGACGGAGUGGUGACGUCUGAGAUCGGACUCCACGACCUGCGGCAGAAGAUGUCCAUCAUUCCUCAGGACCCGGUUCUGUUCACGGGCUCCAUGAGGAAGAACCUGGACCCGUUCAACCAACACUCCGAUGAAGAGCUGUGGAACGCCCUGCAGGAGGUCCAGCUCAAGUCUGCGGUGGAGGAGCUCCCGGGGAAGUUGGAGACGGUUCUGGCCGAGUCCGGCUCCAACUUCAGCGUGGGUCAGAGGCAGCUGGUGUGUCUGGCCAGAGCCGUCCUGAGGAAGAACCGUAUCCUGAUCAUCGACGAGGCCACGGCCAACGUGGACCCCAGAACCGACGAGUUGAUCCAGAAAACCAUACGGGAAAAGUUCAGGGAAUGCACCGUGCUCACCAUCGCCCACCGCCUCAACACCAUCAUCGACAGCGACAGGAUCCUGGUUCUGGAUGCGGGGCAGAUCCACGCCUACGCCGAGCCGUACGUCCUGCUGCAGGACGCCAGCAGCAUCUUGUAUAAAAUGGUUCAGCAGACGGGCAAACAGGAGGCAGCGGCGCUGCUAGAAGCAGCUAAACAGGCGUACGAGAGCAGAAGUCAUCCCAGCAUUCCAAACGGACCCAAAGAAACGUCAGACGGCAACUUGGUUAUCUUUGAAACGGCUCUAUGAGCUCAGAGACUAAGUCGUGACUCUGUUAGGAGACUCCGGAGAGCGUGAGCUGGUUGGGUUCAGGUCCGGUUUCCGGUGAGAUCACAUAUCCACCUCGGAGGGAGGACCGGGCCUGACAACGGGCCCAGCGGCGUUCCGACCGCUCAAACGUUUGCACACAAAGCCGCUGCUUGAUUCCGUUAAGCUGAGAGAGCUUUGGGAACUCUGCUGCCACACCUGUUCAGGUGGAGCAUUACUUAUUUAUCAGCUAUGGUUCUGAAGAAACGGGUUUUUAAUGGCUCCAGGAUGUUCAGCUGUUUUAGUUCUGCAUCAGUUUUUAGUGUGUUUGUGUCCAAAGUUGCCUUUUUCUGUUUCAGGUUUCAAUGAUGUAACGGCAAAUGUUUGAGUUUUCAGUAAAAAGCUGUUUUACUUUUG